AUGUUUUCGCUGUCCAUGAUGGUGGGACUCGUCCCCAUAGUGUCCCUGCUGGGUUUGUUUUACUCCGCCGCGGUGGACGAGAACUUCCCGCAGGGCUGCACCAGCAGCAGCAGCGUGUGCUUCUACAGCCUGCUGCUGCCCGUCACCGUCCCGGACGUUUAUGGACGCUCGGGUGAAGUCGGGACGACCAGGUGCCAGACUGGGGGGUCGUCCUCGCUGGAGGCGGUCGUGUCUGUCGAUUUUGGCUCAGACUCUGACCUGGGGCUCGGAGUUGUUUCUCCUUUACGGUGCGUCCUCACAGACCACGGCUGUCCACCAGAAGGCUCUGUCUUUGCCUCUCUGUCUCUCGUGUGUGAAGAUGGACGCAGGUUGGACUCUUUGUGUUCGACCUCGUCUGUCAAAGCGAUGUUCAAACACGUCCCGAGGUCUUUUCUGACCCUCUCCGGCAGGCUCAGAUCCAACGGCUUCAAGUCCACUAAGCGUGCCGUCAGUCUCGUUUUUUGGCAGAAGUUGAGGUACGAGGAGAGUUCAGUGCUGAAGAAGUUCUCCGUCUGUGUGGACGAGCUCGUCAGGGACAUCGUGGGAGGCGCUGAGGGCUCAUCUGACACACGUGGAGGACGCAUCUUUGACCCUGCGCCAUGCAGGGAGGAGUUUACGACGAUCGGCUCAUCCAGUGAGAAGCAGCUGCGCUGUCAUCGGCUUCUGCUCGCUUGUCUUUCCUCGAUAGAAAUGUGUCAAAGUCCAGGGCUCCCAAAAGACGUCCGUCUCCUCACAGUCACUCAUGGGUCCCUACAGAAAAGCCUGUGCUUGGAAGGCAGCACGCGGGCGUCACUCAGCAGCAGAGCGAGGGGCUGCAUGGCGUCCUCUGACACAUUCUCCAUCAAGCCCACUCCUCCCAGUGAUAUCUGA